CCUUUGAUAAAUUAGAGCUGAACUCACCUAUAAUCGAUGCCUCCGCAAUACAACCCAAAGAUCAAGCAAGCUGCUUCUCGCGCAUACGGGCGUAGACCACGAUUUCCUUGACUUGGGAUCCUCGAGCGCCCGCCAUGUCAUCUCCUGCUUCGGAGAUAAAUAAAACGUCAGAAUUAACUCCCUGCAAGACAAUGCGAGGCCAUACCAAGUACGUAUUUGGUGUUGCGCAUCUCCCGGACAGGCAGCGCAUUAUCACAUGUUCGGGCGACGGCUCACUUCGACUAUGGGACCUAGAGAGCGGUGCACAGAUAGGUGACGAGUGGAGAGAUGAAGGGGAUGAUGCACCAGUAUGGACCAUGGCAUUGUCUCCAAAUGGCAGGACUGUUGCCAGCGGAAGCAAUGACGGGACAGCGAGGUUGUGGGAUGUCGGGACGGGGACGGUUGUCAUCAAAUGGAAAGAGCACGCUCAAGCUGUGGAGUCAGUGUGCUGGAGUCCAAAUGGUGAGCAGGUGGUGAGCGGAUCCUUCGAUGGGACGGUAAGAGUGUGGGAUGUGAAGAGCGGCGAACCCAUCCAGGGUUUGAAUCCAAUAGAGACAGGGCACCAGCACGUGAACGCGGUGAGCUACUCGCCAGAGGCAACAAUGAUCGCGACCUGCGGACGCGAUGGAAUUAGAAUUUGGGACGCAGAGACAGGCAAAUGGCUCUCCACAAUCAAACUUCAUCUACCAGUUUGGAGCUUAACCUGGACAUCGAACGAGAAGCUUAUUUCUGGUUCGAGAAAUGGCUCGAUUAGAAUAUUCGACACUGCCACAUGGCAGCAGAGCGCCGUUCUCGAAGGUCACACGCAGGGUGUCAAGUCCAUCACUUUGUUGCAGAACGACCGCCUCCUUGCGAGCACAUCAUGGGACGGAACAGCACGUCUCUGGAAUCUUGACACACACCUUCAAGUUGGAUCACCUCUCCAACACGACAAGGACGUCCAGUGUGCCGCCUUUUCCGCUGAUGGAAAGCUGCUAUCCACAGGUUGCGAUGACGAAAACGCAUACGUGUGGGAUAUUCAAGCCAUCCUCAAAACAGCUGGCAUAGAAGACCUCAUGUCCAUACCUGAUUAUCUGAACUCAAACAGAAAUCAUCAUCAGGUGCUAAUGCUAAACGACGUCCCGCCAUCGCCAAUCGUCCACCCCCACGUCAAGUGUCAUCAGGAUUUUUUGACAAAGUGCAGGACCGUAGCACUCUGCCCUCCUUGGGAUCACGUCCACGUGCCCCUCUCGUUCACCUUCCCUCCCUUUUCCGUCGUUUGCCACCCAACAUUGAUGAACCAAAAGAACCUCAUCAAUGCACGGGAUAUAGUACCUUCUCUCGUCGCAGUCCUCCCGUUGUCGACGUUCCUAUGCUGUGUGACAAGAAGGGAGUGUAUGCUACUCGGCAGCCGGCACGAGCUAGUGAUAAGGGGACACUCAUCAAGAACCCUGCAUGGUGGGCUCGUGUUAUGUUAUUCCUUUGCUGUGCAUCUCCUUCCACCGAUGGCAGCCAUUAAUGGAUGCAGCACAUCAACGAUCUUGAUAUCUAGUUUCUCUGUUUUGUUAUCUUGUUGUAAUGUAUCUUUCGCUAUACCACCAGUGACUUCUCGCAUCCUAUAUUACCUGUCAAGCGGACUCGCACAUGUGUCACACUGGAGGACGUCUGCAGCUCAUUCUCUGAUUACCAGUGUUUCAGGUUUUGGUUAGCGAUCAUUUGUUGCUUGGCUAUUCCAAUCUCCGCGCGACCAUCGACUAUUUGGAACACUGGUGCGCAGACCUAAGUACUCCACAUAUACCGUCUGAAUUUAUCCACGCCACCAUGU